AUGGCAGAAAUCAUCAAAUAUGAGCUGUCCGAUUUGGACAAAGGAGGAUUUCUCAAGGAGGUGACGAUUGUCGUCUUCUAUGAAAUCCCUCCCACGGUCAACUCCGAGAAGGUCAUCUCGUCUAUGGAAGAAGGACUGAAGAACGCAAUCGACCAGUUACCUUUCAUGGCUGGAGAAUUGCAAUUCGAAAAGACCGGCAAACUUUGUAUCACCAAGUCGCCCGAAAACCAGCUCAAACUCGAAGUUGACCGAUCCAACUCCGCACAACACAAGUCUCUUUCCGCUCUGGCGCAAACCUCGUUCGCUCCUGAUGCAGUAGAUCUCGCUCAAUUCCUGCCACCAGCCCCGGAGCAUAAGAAGCCAGUCUGUGCUUUGAAAUUGAAUCUCAUCGAGGGUGGCUUGGUUUUGGGACUCCGAGUCAACCAUGCCGCUGGGGAUUGGACUUCAAUUGACAGAUUCCUGUCUCUGGUUUGCCAAAGCUGCAAAGCAAACCAGAAUGGCCUUGAGACACCCACCUACACGCCGGAUCUGAAUAGAGCUCCAUACAAUAAGCCUGUGGAUCUCUCAAAAUACUCAAGACAGGUUUCCCUAGAGAGUCUUCGGAUCUUCUACGUCAUGGAAAAGAGUCAACUCAAGGCACCCUCGUCAACACCGUCCCAGCCGAAGAUCUACCGAAUCUCAGACGACGCUAUCAAAGAGAUAAAAGACCAAUGUUCUCCCUACCUCACCGACGUGAAGUUCAUCUCAUCAUACGACUGUAUCUCCGCGCUUGUCUGGACGUCAAUCACUCGUGCCCGAUUGCAUCUUCACCCAGAAAAGAAGGCCUCUCCAUCGCGCUUCAUUCACCCCAUCGACGUUCGAACUCGAGACCCCGAGCACAAAACGUCUGCACAGUACUUCGGCAACGCCGUCAUUGGAGCGCAAGCUGGUCCCCUAGAGGCCCAAGCCCUGGUAUCAGAUGGAAGCCGAGGCCUUGCAACUGCCGCCUCGUCAAUUCGCCAAUCCAUCAACUCCGUUGACCUGACUUCAAUCAGCCAUAUGACUUCCCUCAUAUCAUCACUCGCACCGACGGAGACUCUGGGCUCUCAUGCUGAUUUCACGGACAUGGACGUGUUCAUGAAUACCUGGCACUCGGGGAGUACGGAGAAGUAUGGCCUCGGGGCUGGUGUAGUCCCGGUUGCUUUGCGACUGCACGCGCCGAUGCCGGGAGCUUGUGCCGUGAUUUUGCCGAAUUUCUCGCGUGGAUCCGUGAGGGUGUUUGACGUUCAUCUACAGGUAACAGCGGAGGAGCAUGCGUUGUUGAAGCAGGAUGCAGAGUUUGUGAAGUAUUUUGAGCUUGUUGCGUAGGGUGUAUUUGAUUCUUGAGUAAGAGAUAGCUUAUUUCGUUUCUGAAUGGCGUUUUAACUCGUAUUUAGUUGGCGCCUCACAUCCAAUCUUCAAUUUAUAGGUAUUUGCG